CUACAGUAUCCACAACGGGGACGUCGUAUGAAAUUAAACCCCCUCAAUAAAGAAUUCCAAUUUGAUUUCUUUAUAUAAUAGAUUGGAUUCUUUUCUCUCGCUCUCCGUCUUUCCCCUCUUUGCCCUUUCAUUGCGCCGCGACGCAGCGAGAGAGAGAGAGAGAUCCAUUUAUAAUAACAAGGAUUCGAGAACGAGGGCGACCCGCGGUGUGCGAAGAGCCUCUCUUUCCAUCAAUCGCCAACGAAUUCGGGUGAUUCUUGCUGUAAUGGGGAGAAUCUAGCAGAGGAUAGGGGAUAAUUGGUGGAAAGAUUGCAUCUUGCGUUGGAUUCGUGGGGGAAUAAGUUCCUUAGUCGUUGUUACGUAGGGUUUCGGGCCAGUAGGGUUUGAGUUGAGGAAGAAGUCGAGUUGUAAUUGUUCUUCUGAUCGGAUUUUCUUCUUGGAGAUCUCAGCGGAGUGGAGACUGGGUUUUUGCAGUCGCUUCGACUUCGAGGAGGCGGUUUUGGGAAGAAGAAGAAUUUUCUUUGCUGCUCCAUUCUGUAUCUGAAAUUUCUGUUCUUUUUCCAGUCGCACCAGUUCUUCUCAGAGCAUCGUGAGCGGUCAGACAUCAAGUCUGACACCAUAGAGCUUGAGGGAAGCCUAGUAAAGGAAGGAGUCUUGUGUCGGGAGGAGAUGAAGAAUUGGCUUGAUUGAAAGCAUCCUCCGAGGACUAGGUAGAGUUGUUCCCUACGACUUGCUUUUGGCAAAUCCAUGAAAGAACCACCUAUGAAGGACAACGACAAAUGCCUGGACUCCCAGCUCUGGCACGCCUGCGCUGGCGGAAUGGUUCAGAUGCCUGCCGUGAACUCCAAGGUCUACUACUUCCCCCAGGGUCAUGCCGAGCAUGCCCAGUCAGCCGUGGACUUUGGGACUUCGCCACGGAUACCACCACUCAUCCUCUGCAGGGUGACUGCAGUCAAGUUCAGGGCUGAUAAAGAGACAGAUGAGGUCUUUGCCAAGAUCCAGAUGGUUCCCAUCAGUAACAGCGAGUCGGACUACGGCGAAGGUGAUGGUUUGGGUCUUAGUAUGAACGGAUUUGAUGCACAAGAAAAGCCUGCAUCUUUUGCCAAGACACUGACCCAAUCGGAUGCCAACAAUGGUGGUGGAUUCUCUGUCCCUCGCUACUGCGCUGAGACCAUCUUCCCCAGGUUGGAUUACUCCGCGGACCCCCCUGUGCAGACCGUGAUUGCAAAGGAUGUACAUGGUGAGGUUUGGAAGUUUAGGCAUAUAUACAGGGGCACACCACGGCGGCACCUGCUCACCACUGGCUGGAGUAUCUUUGUAAACCAGAAGAAGCUGGUGGCCGGGGAUUCAAUUGUGUUCCUUAGAGCAGAGAAUGGGGAUCUCUGCAUUGGCAUCCGGCGUGCCAAAAGAGGUGGGUUUGGUGAUGGUCCUGAGACUCCAGGAUGGAAUUCACCAAGCGAAAGCGCUAUCUCUGGCUAUGACAGCUUCUCUGCCUUUCUGAGGGAGGAGGAGAGCAAAUUGAUGAGAGGUACUGGUGGUAAUUUUGCCUCCAGCGGGGGUAUGAGAGGAAGGGGGCGAGUGAGGGCAGAUGCUGUCAUUGGGACAGCAUCACUAGCAGCUAGUGGACAGCCUUUUGAGGUUGUGUACUACCCGAGAGCCGGUACACCUGAGUUUUGUGUCAAGGCUGCAGCUGUGAGAGCAGCGAUGAGGAUCCAGUGGUGUCCAGGGAUGAGAUUUAAGAUGGCUUUUGAGACUGAGGACUCAUCUAGGAUUAGCUGGUUCAUGGGGACUAUAUCUUCAGUUCAGGUUUCAGAUCCUGUAAGAUGGCCUAUUUCACCAUGGAGACUUCUUCAGGUGACAUGGGAUGAGCCAGACUUUCUACAAAAUGUGAAGUGUGUGAAUCCAUGGCUAGUUGAACUGGUCUCACACAUGCCAGCCAUAAAUCUUGCACACUUUUCACCGCCCAGCAAAAAACCACGGAUCCCUCAACACCCUGAUUUACCCUUUGAAGGCCAAUUUCCGACUCCAAUGGUCGCUCGAAUCCCCCUUCGGUCCGGCGACAGCCCCUUUUGCUGUUAUUCUGACAGCGCUCCUGCAGGCAUACAGGGAGCCAGGCAUGCAAAUUUUGGUCUAAAUCUCCACCUUAACAAACUGCAGAUGGGUCUAUUCCAUGCUGGGCUUCACCGGGUUGAUCAAGCCACUCCAAACUCAAGGAUAUCCAUGGGUGUUAUUGUCGGCAAUCCCACCGUUGAUGAUGACUUGUCUUGUUUGCUAACAAUUGGUCAUCCUUCUCAGAACCUGCAGAAAUCAUGUAAUGGAAAGCCACCACAACUGGUGCUAUUUGGGCAGCCAAUUCUCACCGAACAACAGGUAUCUUUGAGCAAAUCUGAGAAUGGAGUCUCCCUUGGUGCGACCGGAAAAAGUUCAACAGGUGGGGAUCUCAAAAAGACAACAUAUGCGUCUGGUGGUUCUGGAUAUGCAAUAGAUCAGAAGGGGUCUCCUGAAGCAUUCCCAAGUUACAGGGAUCAUCGAGCUUCAGAGCUUGGUCUUGAGUCUGGGCAUUGCAAGGUUUUCAUGGAAUCUGAUGAUGUCGGUCGCACUCUUGACCUCUCAGUCUUUGGCUCAUAUGAGGAACUAUAUGGGAGGCUUUCUGACAUGUUUGGAAUUGAAAAAUCGAAGAUGAUGAACCAUGUGUUUUACAAGGAUGUGGCUGGUGCAGUUAAACACACCAGAGAUGAACCAUUCAGUGACUUCAUGAAAACAGCCAGGAGGCUGAUGAUAUUGACAGAUUCAGGAAGCCGAUGACCUGGCAAGGUAGCAAAGGUCUCUUGCCUACAGUCGAACUAACAAGCCUCUUAUUGAAGUACCAAGAUCAUAGGCACUUCAUUCUUGGAUGUUAUGUAACUUAAGUCAGUUUUCCGAAUCAAUUCCCAGCAUGAUCUUCUUUGCAAUUGAAGACUAGAUGGGAUAAUGUGUUGUUCUUGUUAGGAAUUGCUACUGCAAGUGCUUGUGCUAUUAAAAGCUCCAAUAUAUUUUGUUUUUCAUGCAUUUGGGAAAAAAACUAAUUGCCAUGGUGUCACGGACAAAAUUCUAAACGUGAUGUUUGAUGUAAUACUAAUGUAUGUCCGUGUCUUUUGGUUUGUUCAUACUUUGCACAACAUGUAGAGGGACGGUCAAAGGUUUAACAGUCUCAUUUUAAUUGAGUUUGGUGGCCUUUUUAGGCUUGUAAAUAAAAGUUGUGUCAUGUGGACACUUGUGAGAGA